GUAGGUGGAUGCCGACGGGUCCAGUUUAUACCCUCAGAAAGUGGAUAUUAUCUCAAGGACCACGUGUUCUUAAAUCUUUCCAUUGGAAUUCACGCAUCGUGCGAGCAUCGAUGCGUCAUGGAGAGUGAAUGUGUGUCGAUCAAUGUUGGUCCACCAAUAAACGACAAAGUGAUAUGUGAGUUAAGUAACUCUGAUCAUUGGCAUCACCCUAAAGAUCUUCAACCAAAACACGGCUGGACAUAUAGAGGAGCAGAGGUAAUUGAGUUCAAGGUCGUGUCUUGAUGCUGUUUUUGCUAGCACGUGUGAUGAUAUUUUAAAAGCCGAAGGCUGAGGCAAAAAAUAGGCCACUUCCGAGUUCCAAAAACCCUCACUUUCAAAAUGACGCCAAGUGCACAACCUUUCUAAGGGACAAUGAGUAAUUUUGCAUGAGAAUUGAAAAAUCAUUUCCAUAUCAAAGUUGAUACAGAGCCCUCGUUUUGAUACAGAGGCCCAGGGGAACUCGGAAAUGGCCUAUUCAUUUUGAUCUAGGAGACACUGGCAAAUCUCGCUAUUUUGCGAUAACCGAGUUCAAUAACUGUUUUAUCAUUCGAUCACCAAAUUUGUUUUUUAAUAUCUUCGGGAAGCGGAGCGAUCUGCCAUUUUUCACGCAAGAGCGAUCGCAAGAAGGAGAAAACCGUGGUUUUGUUUACGCAUGAGCAGAAUAUUAUUUGUACCCCGGGUACCGGAGUUUUGUUUAUCGCGUGCGACGAGAAGCUUCAUUGGUCGGAGGCCAUAAUUUGUAGGCAGUUAUUUGUAGGUCACGUGCUGGGCUUUCGGCCAAUGAAAAGGAGGAAAAAUUCCAUCCAAUGAUGAUAAGUUUAAUGGUUAUUAAAGGGACUAUGCCAAGCCAUUUGCUAUCUCUUUAAAAAGCUCAAACUUUUUUUCACCUCAACUGAAUUCAUAAAAAAAUGCAUCGCCCAGAACACUAUAAUUAGGGAGCUUAAGCAACGACGACGGCGACGGCUACGAAAACGUCACCUAAAAAGUGAAAUCGCGUUUCCUCAAACUUUAUCGCGCUUCUUCCAUGUGGUCUAAUUCGUCAAAUGUUGGCAAAUGUUUUUGGAGUUGAAUUCUAAAGGACUGCAUCAAAGUUCAAGAAAAAAAGUUGUUGUCUUGUGUUCCCGUUCUCGAUAAAACGUGACUUAAUAAGGCAUUUUCACGUUGUAGUCGGCUGAAAAAUGUUCAAAACUGAAAGAGUGAUGCGUGUGCAAAGUUGUUGUUUUGCUGAUUUAAAACAAUUAUUCACUGAGGUGGAGGUGGUGAGUGAUGGUAAAUAUCCCCCACUGGCCGCUGACACUGAGGUGAAUAAUUGUUUUAGUAUAUACGAAAGCAGUGAGAUCAUUGAGCACAAAAUUAAAUGAUGGAUUUUGAAAAACAUCAUUUACUGCUGCCAACGACAAAAUUUGGCACGCAAAUGUCAUGUUUCCUUGCCGACAAAUUACACUUUUCAAGGCAUUUGUCUAGCUAUUAUGGGAAAAUUUCUGUAAAAGGAUUUAUAAAUUCUUUUUGUAUUUGAAACCAUUCUGUAAAGAACUAUUAAAUUCAGUUUUAAGAUUACUUAUGAACAUGUCAGCUAAAUAAAAUAACCCAAGCUUCCGAACCGAAUUUCGUCAAUUUCCGGAGCGGCCCUUUAAUGGAGGUUCUAUUAUGCGUUACGAGUUUACUUAUUUUCGGAAUUUUACCGUAUCCUUAUGACGUAGUUGGUCAAGCGUUCUUUUGCCUAGUUGUUUUAAACCCAUGCCGAAACACCAAACAGGAUCUCAGCAAAAACUGGUCAGAAGAUUAUGCUACAAAGCAGCUGCGGGACAGACCUCACCUUAGCUCAGAUAAUCGCGCCAUUAGGCGGAAACAUUAAUCGGCUGCCUUGUCUCCUUCUUCCUUCCGGCAGGCGACAAAAAACAGAACGCAAACUGCAGACCCCAGACAAACCUUCUAAGGGCUUCGUCACGCGUUUCUUCCCUACAGGACGAACGCUUGUCGAAGCCAAAAGGAAGUCUGCGUGGGUGGCUAAACACUGCUCUUUCAGCCUGAAAAGAACCGGGCUCGCAAAGCCGGCGGUGAUGCAAGUUGUGUGGUAUUCCCGCAAUAACAAUCUAUCUCCAUGACAUUUUGGCUUUGUUACUUCUCUUUUCUCUCUCGUUGGAGCCAAUUCACAACUGAAUUCAUUGCUACCCUAAGAUAAAACGUGUUCUCUUCUCACAGAAUCUAUGCUGCAGCAAUCCUUGCCGGAACAACGCCAAAUGUCUCCUUGGAUUUACUGACAAGAAGUAUCUUUGUGUAUGUACAUCGGGAUACACAGGAGAGCACUGUGAAACAGGUAUAGUGGAGAAAUUAAUUGUGACAGGUCAUAUUGCUGGUAACAAUAUGCAAUGAAUAACAAAGCCUUUAAACACCCCACUGAAGGGGAAACAAAAACAGGCUAAUCAGUUCGUGGGGUGGCAAUUUUAACAUUUAACUUCGCCUGUUGAUUCUUCAAGCAAAUAUAACAGCGACAGCAAUGAUUUCCAAUAAAAUGCAAGUUGCACGAUGGCGCAGGUCAAAACAAUAACAACUAGCUUCCAAGGUUAACUGGAAAAGCUUGAUGUGCCCCAGUAUAAAUUACCUUUUGUGUCCUUUUGAUUUGAUAAACUGAACGGCGUCAAGCAGCGGAGGUCAUGAUUGCCCCCAAACUGUAAUUCGUACAAAAACCCUUCCGGUAUUGAAAUUACGGACCGCAUAAGCAAUGGUUCACAGGUAACGACCAAGUGUGCGAUCAACAACACGUUUACUUUGAUGUAAAAAGUAUCAGGUUAACUUUUUUGCUCUUCAUAUCAUUUAGAUAUCGAUGAAUGCAGCAUCGGAAGUCAUGAUUGCCAUCAAAAUGCAAAAUGUAUAAAUACCGCUGGACAUUUUAAUUGCAGCUGUCAAACAGGAUUCACAGGAAAUGGUCAUCUGUGCCAAGGUAAAAAAUAUCUUUUAUUCCAUAAUCUGCUCGUUUGCCUCCAUCUUAAAACUACUGGAUUUACUUUUUCCUUGUUUUCUUUCUGUUACUCGCCGAUCAGAUAUCGAUGAAUGCAGCAGCGGCAGCCAUGAUUGCCAUCAAAAUGCAACUUGCGUUGAUACUGCUGGACACUAUGAUUGCAUCUGUAAACCGGGUCUCACUGGAAACGGGAGAAAUUGUUCA